AUGUCGGAUCCGUACGAGCGGGUGAAAGGAGGAAGAUUAGCAUUCAAAGGAGGAAUCCUCGCCUCUCGCUCCAAAUCCAUAGAGAAGAAGGGCAAGAAGAAGAAGAAGAAGACGGCGAUGGAGGACGAGGACCACAACCCUAGCCCCGACACUAACCCUAACCCUAACCCUGAAGAAACACUCGACACCGACAAACAGGCUGAGGGAUCUGAAUAUACCAUCGACGCGGCGAAGCGUAUGAAGUACGACCAACUCUUCCCUGUGGAGGCCAAGAAAUUCGGUUACCAACCCAAAACUAACUUCAACUCAGUCGAGGACGCCCUCGAUGAUCGGGUCAAAAAGAAGGCUGAUCGUUAUUGUAAAUAA